GCCCAGCCAGCAGCCAGCAGCUCGGGUCUCCGAGAGACUGCUGCUUCCCUCCUGCUCCUUGCUUCCGGCUGUCUGUCUGUCUGGCCUGUCCGUCUGUCAAGCUAUGGCUGGGCCGACCCUGGUCCCUGGGAUCUGGUGGCUGUGGCUGCUGCUGCUGUCCCUGGGUGCCCAUGGUGAGAUGUGUUUGAAGUUUGGUGGCGACAACCAAAUCGUGGAGUCUUGUCCUGAUUUCUGCUGUGGUUCCUGCGCUCAUCAGUAUUGCUGCUCUGAUGUAUUGAAGAAGUUCGAGGGGAACGAGGAAUUAUGUGGUAUGAUGAAGGCCAGUGCAUCCAACUCCACAGAGCCAAUGGAACAGGUGGGCGUGGCAAUGAGGUUUGGAUCCAGCUAUGAAAAUGAUGACAACACCAUGCCAGAGUUUGGAGCGACGAUUGCCAUUGGCCUGACCAUCUUGGUACUGUUUGUGGUCACCAUUAUUGUCUGCUUCACCUGCUCCUGCUGCUGUUUGUAUAAGAUGUGUCGGCGACCCCGUCCCAUCGUGACUACCACCACAGCAACCACGGUGGUGCAUGCUCCGUACCCUCAGCCCCCAAAUGUGCCUCCUAGCUACCCAGGACCCACAUACCAAGGCUACCAGCCUAUGCCACCCCAGCCAACAGCACCUUACCCAGCACAGUAUCCACCCCCCUACCCAGCCCAGCCUAUGGGCCCACCGGCCUACCACGAGACCUUGGCUGGAGGUGCAGCCGUGCCCUAUCCUACCAGCCAGCCUCCUUACAACCCAGCCUACAUGGACCCCCCAAAGGCAGCCCCCUGAUCAUUCCCCUCCCGUUUCUGGCUGCCACUCAAUGAUCAUCAUGCUGCGCAGGUGUAUGUGUGUGAGUGCGUGGUAUACGCAGGUUCCCCAUUGGCCUGUGUGAGAUGUGAGCCCUGUCUAGAUUGGUGGCUUCUUCUGAUGCUCACUAGGUGCGGACCAAUCCUUGCCCGAAUAGGGCAGGACCAAACUUUUUAUUAUUUUUUUUAUUAUUAUUUUUUCUUCUUUUCUACUUGAAAUGAAUGCUUUCCUGCAAUCACAAGCAAAUUCAGAGAUUGGGGGGUACUGGAAGGUAUUUUCAAACUCACCCCAGAGUGACCAGGAUAGCACAGUUUUCUUUUUGUGAGUACUUUUGCACAUAUCCUGGUUUGAAGAGUGGCCUGUUGCUACUUGAGGCCAAUAUUCCGCCCCCCCCCAGGAUUUGGGGUGCUCUUUGUUAAAUCUGAGCCAUGAGGCAGGCAGGUAGGGAAAGUUGAAGCUCAAUGCUUUAGGCAAAUGUCCCCUUAUGCCCAAAAGCCUGGAUCAUGCUUAAAUGGGGGUCAGCUAGUUCCUUAUGUCAAAAACCUCCGGCCAGGGGUCCACCCAACCCAGAUGGCUGUCUCUUUGGAUUGUCCCUGUGUCCUCUCUGGGUCAUAGUCCUGGCCUCAGGGAAGUUUGCUUGCCUGACCUCUGCUAUAGGUGAGCAAUAGGAGCUAUAACCACCAACACACUCAGCUUUCUACCCUGCAGUGUUGUUUUUACUUUUAGCCAAACAUUUUUGCCUGGUUUUUUUUUUUUUUUUUUUGCUUCUUUUUUGGUCAUGGGGCU